AUGACAACUAACGCUGCUAUCAAAUUGAAGGCUGCUAAGGAUUCCCUAGUGGCUUCACUAUUUGAGCUAUCUAAGGCAUCUAAUCAAACUGCCUCCUCCAUUGUAGAUUUCUACAACCAUAUCGGUGACGAUGAAGAUGAAAAGUUAGAAGCUUUUACUACUUUAACUGAAGCUUUACAAAACUUGACUUCCGCUACCAACUCUUUGAAUGGUAUUAGUUCUGAAUUAGUCAAUCCAGGUGAAGAUGAAAAGGAUGGCUCAGCUGCUAGUCCACCUACUCCUGUAAAGGCUCCUGCUAAGAAGAAAGCUGAACGUGAUCCAAAUGCUCCAAAGAAACCAUUGACUGUUUUCUUUGCUUAUUCUGCUUAUGUUCGUCAAGAACUUCGUGAUGCUAGACAAAGAGCUGGUCUUGCUCCUUUAUCCUCUACUGAAAUCACUCAAGAAAUUUCUAAGAAAUGGAAGGAUUUAAGUGACGCUGAAAAGGAUACUUGGAAGAAAGCUUACAAUGUUGAAUUAGAACAUUAUCAAAAAGCUAAACAAGAAUAUUUAGAAAACAAGAAGAAUGGUACUUUACCACCUGCUUCUGCUGGUCCAAAGGCAGCUCCUGUCCCAAUUCCAUUUGGUUUGUUGCAACAUGAUCAAUAUGAAAACAAAAGACCACAUGAUGACGAUAGCUCUGAAAAGAAAAAGAAAAAGAAGAAGAAGGAUAAGAAGAAGGACAAGUCUGCUUAG